UCUUUGCAACACUACCAAAAGAAAUAAAUAUUUUCGACAUCCCUAGCCACACUGCACUUGCACCUUUCGAUUGAAACGCAAUAAAUAUUUAAAAAGUAAUGAAUUUUAGCCAACGCCAACCAGAAUGGCACAGAAUUCCAGCAGUGGCUCUAAAUCAAAUAUUCGACUAUCUCUCGCCCGAAGAUCGUCGGUCGGCCGCGAGUGUUUGCUAUUCCUGGAGACUUGUCUUUUUUCAGAAACGAUAUUUUAGGAACUUUCGCUUUGAGCUAGACUUGGCCCUUGAUGAUCAGUUGGCAUUUUUCCAUCGCUGCUUGGCCAACCUGGCCAGGGAAUUGAUCGUGGUAUUUGACUUUCAAAAUGCAUUUCACAUCCAGAAGAUGCGACGGCUCCUAUACAAAGUGGCACGCUGUGAUAACAUUCAGGGGUUGCGCUUCCAAACACACAAUGUGGGCCUAGUUGGAGUGGGAAACAUGCACACCGAGCAUCUGGUGGCCAUUGAGCAGUGCUUCGUGGAGCCGCUCAAGCUCUUUCUCAACCGCAAGCGUCACCCUUGCCAGCUUCUGGACCUUGGAGCCAUCGAAGCCCUCACCUACUACGGCUAUGACUUGCUGAAGGCGAUGGGGAAACCGCAGGAGCUCUUGCAGCUGACACUGGCCAGCAUUAAAUACGACCCUAGUCACUACCCAAUCCUCACCCUAGACACAACGUUCUUGCAAAAGUGCGCUGCCCUGCAGGUGCUAUCCCUGGACUACGAUACCCUCUCGGACGAGUUGCUCCACACGAUUCAGGUGCUGCCGCUGAGUAAGUUACUUAUUGCGGUGCACGGACUGGACACUGAGGAGGAGCAACAUCCCGGUGUAUCGGAAUCGGCCUGGGCCAACUUCGCCGCUCACUUCUCGAGCAUAAAGCUAGUGUUGACACUUGUCUACGCCUACGAGGCGAUUGAAAUGCUACAGCACCGCGUCCUCCGCCGGAACAUGCCGGUUACCCACGUGCGACUGCUCUUCUGUGAACUAAUGAACGCCGAAGCCCUCGACUGGAUGUCAGUGCAUAAUCGCGAGACGCUCCGCAGCAUCCAUUACGUGGAUUCGUCGUACAAGCAUUCCAGUCACGUGAACUACGCCCGCCACGGCUUCCUGCGCCAGGACCCAUUCGUAAUGAUGGCCUGGCGCUGUAAGCAGCUGGAGGAGAUCGUGGUGCACGGCUACUUGAUGGAUCCGCAUAACUUGGUGGGCAUCGCCCGUCUAAGGGGUCGUCAGCUGAAACGGCUGGAGGUGUCCUUGAUCGACUGGUCUAGCCCGGCUUCGCUGAACGCCUUCAAUGAGGAAAUCAGCACCUUGUUGGGACAGGAGUGGUCACACAUUAGCCCCGACAAGCUGCCCCCAUCGCUGGCUUUCGACUACGAAGUGCGCGACCAGUUCGUGUACGAAAUGCUGCGCCAUGAUCUCAGCCAGUAAGUGAAAGUCGAAUUAGGAACUAACUCAAAAAUAACCAAAAAGUGAAGAAAGUCAAGUCAUCGGUGAAGAGGCAUGGUAUAAGUGCAAACAUGACACGUGAUCGACUCGAGCGCAUGCGACUAAUUUAAAAAAAAAUUGAAUAUUUUAAUUCUACGUAGCUAAAAACAAGAUCCCAUAAGAGAAAUGUAACCAAAAAGAAAAUUCAGCCGUUAUACUAAGUUAUCAAAAUUUAUGUAAAGCAAACACUCAUUGGCAAGCGUUUCAUAGAAGCUACAUUUCCUAAUUUUUUAAUCUUUGUAAUCAAAAUCAUAUUAAUCUUUGUUUGUUUGGCCAAGCGAGCAAACGGCAAAAAGAAUGUUUAGGAGCAAAGCAAAAGACUUGAGCACUUCACAAAUUUAUGUAAUUAUGUGUAAAUGGGGGCGAAAUGAGUUUGUUGAAACCUGCUAGACAAAAACAUCAUUUUAAGAGAGCAACAACAACUGUGAUUCAAAAGAAAUGCGAAUGUGAGCCAGUGGGAGACAGUGGGCGACAACCAACUCUCAUUAAAAACAUAGAAAAGAAAAACAAAAAACAAAACUAAAAACGACAACAAACAAAAAAUUGUUAAGCGAAUUGUCUAGUUAGCUAAGUUAAAAAAUUAUCAAUCAAUACGAAACAAAAGCGUUGAAAAAUGUUUGUAAAACCAAAAGUACGACCAAUGUCAAAUUGUUUGCUCAAAACUCAAUUGGCACAAAUUGUUAACCAUUGUAGUAGUGUGAAUAAGUACGGAACCGGAACCGGAAAUACGGGAUACGGCAAUCGGCGCUCAAAUGUGAUAAACGAUAAAAAAACAACCACAAAAGCAAAUGUACCAACAACGAGAGCUCGAUCCUCGUUCGCUAAGCGCCGCAUUUGUGUAGUUUAAAGUGAUAUUAAGAACAGCAUCAGCAAAGCAAAUUGUAAACAAAUACAACACCCACAAUGAAUUAGCCAAACUCAAUGUAAGACUAAAAGGGGAUACAUCGAUACUCCUUGCCUUGAAAUCGUGAAAAAAGCCAUAGCACCCAAGAGCUGCAGCAUGUUUUUGUACAUUUUAUUAAAUUUAAAUUUAAUUUUUAAAUCAAAAGUCUAGGCGAAUUACGCUGUGACGCUGUAUUCACGAUUUCAAAGCAGCAGUCGCGUGGGCUGUACAUGCGUUGGCCAGAAAACCAGAAAAAGAUAGCUUCCGGAAGCCGGGCGAAAUGCAAACCCCAAGAAACUACCAACCAACUUUUAAGUAUUUUAUAGCACAGGCAUUAAUUUAUACAACUAUGUACUAUAUUUAACCUAUGUUUGCACAAACAGCAGCGUGUUGUCCACGAGUGCUGCUCAUCCUCCAGAGUUGCUUACCAAACAACAAGUACAACCAAAUCGAUAAAAACCACAACAACAAUGGUACCUGAAGAUCAUGCUGAGCAUUUAGAGAACAACAGCAACGCAACCACAAAGUACUUGCUCAAUUGUAACAAUCUAAAGCAAAACAAGCAAAACAAAAUCUAUUGAAACAGAAGACUGACUGAGAGUGCUGGCUAUGUUGUCAGAGCAGCUGGAGGAGUUGGAGCUGGAGCACUGGGUUCUGGGUUCUAUGUUCUGGGUUAAAAGAUCUCAAAGACAACUCCUACCACUAUCCAAUCGACCAUCUAUAUUUGUAUGUAUGUAUAUGUAACCGAUGCAUGUAAUAAUUUUUGUUAUGAACUGCAAUAGCGAAUAUUAAUUUAAAAAUCGACUGCGAAUCAUGUAAAAAGCGAAGCAAUCGAAGAAUGUCAAGCAGCAAACCGCAACUGUAACGCGGCCACGAAAAAGGGAAAUACUGUGUCGUCGGGGGAUCACCCUUCAGAUAUUCAAUAUCCUUGUAUUAGGACACACAUUUUCCCGUGGCCGUGAACCUAAUUUAAGUCUAGUACGUACCAUCAAGCAACACCAACAAAAAUGUGAUAAAAGUGUCAUGCCGCUUCCAAGAUCAAGAUCGAGUGCGCAUUCUAUCCAAAGCAGCACUCUGUUGAAGCAAAGAGAACGGUAGUAAGCAUUGGAGAAACAGGGCCUAAAAAAUUAGGGAAAUGGGAAAAUAGCCAAGGGCUUUAUUUCGCAGAUAUAGGCUACCAUUAAAAUUGUCCCGACAAAAAAUCAAAAACUUGAAUAAAAUUAUUUAACUUUAAGAUUGGAAACUAGAAAUUUUGAAGAGCGUCACAGGAAGUAUCUUCUUUUUAAACCUGUAUCCUAUAACUACGAAAUAGAGCACUUGGAAAUCAGAUCCAAUCAGACGUCCCAAUGUCCAGCCUUCAUCAGUCUGAGGAGGGCCGUCCGUAAUCAAUGGAUUCAUUCAAUUACAAUCAAUAUAAAUGAGAAAGUAUUAAUUUUUCUGUUACACUAGAGUCACUUCCAACGCUGCUGUAUAGCUGUAUAUGAGUAACGUUCUAUUUGUAAACUUACUACAAAAAGUAUAUAUAUUUUAUAUGCCAUUUAUUGUAUUUAAAUUCGAAGAGACAGAAAACAGUUUUGUAAACCAUUCCACACAUGCUAACGUAUGUACUGAACCAGAAAACCGCCAGCACUACGGAGAUUGUGACACCAACCGAGUUUAAGAUAAGUAAUGAGCGCAAAAAAACACCAUCGGAGGCAGGCGCGAUUUUUGAAUGAAGGCCCAGCUCGAUGUCAAAAUGUAAAACAAUAUAUUAUUUAUAUAAUUCGGAAGGGAUUGUGGAAAAACACGAGAGAGAGAAGGGGGAAGGCUAUGGGGGUAGGCGACAAGAUACAGCCGUGCAUUAACAACAAUGUUUAUAUAUGUAUAUGCAAGUUAUGCUUAAAAGUUAUAAGAGCAAAAGUGAAGAAAGCUGUGAUACAACAAAAUCCAACAAAAGGCAAACAACAACACACUAAGAUAACACCAACACACUGACAACAACAACAACAACAACAAGAAAAUAAGAACAACAAGUGUAACUGACAAGCCAAUUCGAAACAUGUGCGACCAACAAAAGAACGUUAACAACUUUUCCAAAGCAACAAAAAUAUUAAACAAAGGACGAGAAACGGCCUUGGGGAGGAGUGGGCCAUGGGCCAUGGGCCAGUGAAGAAAUGAGAUCGAUGGAGAUCCAGGAGUAGUUAGCUAAGCAGGGUUAGAGAACCAAAGUUUCGGAGGCGAAGUGUUUGAGUGAAACAAGAGCACGCGGGAUAUUUGCACCUUCCGAUCGAGAAUUAAAAUCAAAUGUUAACUUAUAUCGAUAUGUAGUAGAGAGCAUGAAACAAGUGCACAUUAGCAAGCUAAAAAAUGAAAGCAAAUAUUUUAUUUCCACUCGUUUUGCCAUGUUUAUGAUUUGUGCGAGGUUUUAAAGCUUAUUAUUCAAUUAUAUAACAAUGAAAAAAUCAAGCCAACUGCAGUUUGUGUGGCAUAUGCAAUAUCAUUACCAUUUAAGACAACAAAGAAUUGUAAACCAAUUAAAAGUAGCACACAGAAUGCAUUCAAUUGAGAAACCAAUAAAAGCGUUUGAACUUUAA